UGGGGACUUUGUCAUAUUGUAUACUCGUUAUCACCAUCAUCACUCCAACACUGGAUCCUCCGCGCACACCUCCAAUUCUCCAUGGUUCGUGCAACUUCGCGAUUUUUGCACACACCCACCAACCCCUCCCCACAUAUAAAAGCUGGGUAGUCCAUAGUUGAUCCACCCUCUCCAACAUGAGGAGAUCCUUCUCUUCAGUUGACAUCCAAACCACAGCCCACUCCACAUUGCCGAUUUGUCGGCGCCUUUUUGCUCCCGCGCACCUCCUCCACCAUGCUGUUCCACCCUCCCCUUCUCAAGUCAAGCUUUUAUACCCCUCCGCAAACGGAGAUUUUGGUUCACACGUGUCGCGCACCUGACCUUCCCCUUUCACGCCUCCUGAGUUCCCCGUAGCAGGGCAGGUGACAGAGGAGUAGCACAUGUGACCCUUCCAUGACUAACCCGAUCUCCUUCUCCGUCGCGUAUAAGAACCUCGCUCGCAGCGGACUUACUUCAUUCUUCAGAGGCGUUUGCGUGGAGGGAGCAAACGAGGCCUGGAAACUUACUAAUGGUGUGAGAAGUGGGAGUCAAAUCGCAUUCCCCUCAACGUAUGCGUGUUGGUGGGUUGUUAAUCUACCCUGCGGGAACUGCGCCAUGGCUGUGGUCGUGGGUGCAAAUCCAGCUCUAACCGAUCCGAUGGAGUGGGGUUUGGGAGUCCUCCGGGACUGCAAAAGGAGACCUGGGGCGUAUCCAUGUGGGUGGGAGGUCAAAUGCCGGGCAAAAUCGCCUUAUGAGGCGCCUGCUGGUGGCCUCGUGGGCUUGGGCGGUGAUGGAGGGCAACUCGUUGAGAUGGGGGCGUUGCUUGAGGAAAGUGUUCGGAGAGUCUCCGUACUAGCUACGUGUGGAGAUGGCGAGAAGGCUGUCCCUCAGUUCGAGGGCCUGGUCGGCGAGAGGUGUCGAUGAUAAUCACCUGUUUUUGCAUAGUUCCUCCAGGUCAUCAUUGAGGCGGACACGGCGAGCUGAUCCACCACUUCCAAACUCCAACUCCAUAGGGAAU